UAUUUGAUAUCACUGAAGGUAGCUGAGGAAAGGUGUAAAAGGAGAAUAGUUAUGUGGAAAUUUUGAACAUAAUUUUCAACAAAACUUAUCGAUGUAGUGAUGUUACGCUUAUUUAUUGUAAUUUUCGCAAUUGCCACAUUGGCACAAUGCCAAUUCAAUACGAACAUGUGGGAUAAUCGGGAUACGAUUGUGCAUCUGUUUGAGUGGAAGUUUUUAGACGUUGCAGAUGAAUGUGAGCGAUUUUUGCAACAUAAAGGUUACGGAGGUGUGCAGUUAUCUCCUGUAAGCGAAAAUGCCAUAAUUAAUAAUAGACCAUGGUGGGAACGUAGUUAACCCAUCAGUUACAAUUUUGGUACAAGAUCUGGUGGAGAAUCUGAAUUUGCAGAUAUGACAAAAAGAUGUAACGCAGUUGGAGUUAGAAUUUAUGUUGAUGUUGUUUUGAAUCACAUGACAGGAAAUUGGGAUCAUGUAACAGGAACUGCUGGAAAUGGUGCAGAUUCAUCAACAAAAAGUUACCCUGCUGUUCCAUAUGAUUCAACCCAUUUUAAUUCUGAUUGUGCCAUAACAGAUUACAAAAACGCUGAAAAUGUCAGAAAUUGCGAAUUGGUCGAAUUGAAAGAUUUGAAUCAAGGAAAUGAAUACGUAAGAGGAAAAAUGGUUGAUUUUUUGAAUAAACUCGUAAAUUUGGGAGUUGCUGGAUUUAGAAUCGAUGCUGCUAAACAUAUGUGGCCUAAAGAUAUAGAAGUAAUAUUGGGAAGGGUUAAUAAUUUAAAUAUUGAUUAUGAUUUUCCUUCCGAAACAAGACCGUAUGUUUAUCAAGAAGUUAUCGAUUUAGGUGGUGAAGCUAUCUCUGCCAAUGAAUACAUACAUAUUGGUGCUGUAACUGAAUUUAAGCAUUCUGCUGAAAUUGGAAGUGUUUUCAGAGGGAAUAAGCAGUUAAGUUCUUUGAUUAACUGGGGAAUCGGUUGGGGAUUUCUUCCUAGCGAUGUCGCCUUUAUUUUCGUCGAUAACCAUGAUAACCAAAGAGGGCACGGUGCUAGAGGAGCAGACAUUUUAACUUACAAAGUACCGAAACAAUAUAAAAUGGCAAUCGCGUUUAUGUUAGCCCAUCCGUUUGGAACAACAAGAGUUAUGUCCAGCUUUGCUUUUGAUGACACCGAUGCUGGACCACCAGCUGAUGAAAACGGAAACAUAAUCUCACCAGGAAUUAACUCCGACAACACUUGCACCAACGGAUGGGUUUGCGAACACAGAUGGAGACAAAUUUAUAACAUGGUUGGAUUUAGAAUCGCCGUAAAAGGAACCGAAUUAAACGACUGGUGGAGUAACGGAGCCCAACAAAUUGCUUUUUGUAGAGGUGGAAAAGGUUUUGUUGCCUUUACAAAUGGUGGAAAUAUCAAUCAAGAUAUGCAAACUUGUCUUCCGGCGGGAAUAUAUUGCGAUGUUAUUAGCGGAGAACUUGUUAAUGGGAAAUGUACUGGUAAAAUCGUUAAUGUUGGAGAUGGAGGUAUCGGUUAUAUUAGUUUGGAAGAAAAUGAAGAUGAUGGCGUUUUGGCUAUUCAUAUUAAUGCUAAGCUGUAA